UAUAGAAAGAUCGUUUACCGUAAUCUUUGAGCGUCGUGUAUGUCAGUGAUCAUUCGACCGGUUAUUUAUCUGUCAGUUAUUUACUCGUGAGUGACAAAAUAUUGGAUAUAAAAUGUCUUGCUGCAAGGGUCCCGGGUACGCGACGCCAUUAGAUGCAUUUCACAAUGGCCCUAGAGAAGACCUUCUGUACGUGAUCUGUGUGCAGCCAGAUAAAACUAAACAAGACUACAUAUCUACUGUGGACGUGGAUCCCGAAUCUCCCACUUAUUCACAGGUAAUUCAUCGUACAUAUACCGGUACGAUAGAGGAUGAGUUACAUCACAGCGGCUGGAACGUCUGCUCAAGCUGCUUCGACAAGCCCGAGCUGAAGAGGGACAUGCUUGUGUGUCCAAGCCUUCAUUCUAGUAACGUUUUUGUGCUUAAUGUGGGGACUAAUCCUAGAAAACCGGAGCUUCAUAAGGUAAUCGAUGGCUCUGAAAUGAGGUCGUUCAACUGCAGUUUCCCGCACUCGGUACACUGCCUAGCGACCGGCGAAGUCAUGAUUUCGACUAUGGGCGAUAGGGAUGAAAAUGGGAAAGGCGAUUUUGUGCUCAUUGAUUCGAAGACGUUGAAAGUGACAGGUUCUUGGGCCAAAGGAGAAAAGAAAGCGAAAUUCGGAUAUGACUUUUGGUAUCAACCGUACCACGAUGUUAUGAUAGCCACCGAGUGGGGAUCACCAAAACAUUUCAAAUCAGGAUUCCAUCCAGAUGACCUGUCUAACCCGGAGAGAUAUGGGACAUGCUUGAAUUUUUACAAAUGGUCGACGCACGAGUUAAUACAAGUCAUAGAUUUAGGAAUAGAAGGGUGUGCACCCCUUGAGACUAGAUUUCUCCAUAAUCCUAAAGCCGCCGAGGGAUUUGUGGGGUGCGCGGUACAGGGGAAUGUGUACAGAUUCUACAAAAAUGAUACCGGAUUAUGGAGUGCUGAAAAAGUGAUCGAUGUUCCACCAAAAACUGUUUUGCGAGAUGGUGUCGAAAGCAAGAUUAAUGCUUUGAUAGGUGAUAUUCUUCUUUCCCUGGACGAUAAAUACCUUUAUCUAUCAUGCUGGUUGCACGGUGAUGUGAGACAGUACGACGUAUCUGACACAAAGAACCCAAAAUUGACUGGCCAAGUAUUCCUUGGCGGCCAAAUAGCAAACCACAAUUUGGAGGUCGUCGAUGAUAAAGAGUUGAAGGAGCCGUCAAAGCCUGUCACAAUAAAGGGUAAAAGGCUUUAUGGCAGCCCUCAAAUGUUACAACUAUCUCUGGAUGGAAAGCGCUUGUACGUCUCUUCGUCGCUUUAUUCUCCGUGGGACAAACAAUUCUACCCUCAAAUGGUUAAAGAGGGCGGGUGGAUUGUGAAGAUAAAUAUUGACAGGGAGAAUGGAGGAAUGAAGUUGGAUGAAGACUUUCUCGUUCAUUUUGGGAACGAACCUAAUGGUCCUGUGCUACCGCAUGAAAUAAGGUAUCCCGGCGGUGACUGCACCUCCGACAUAUGGCUUGCAAAAGACUAAACACGAGAACGCGUGCCAACAUUAUUUUUAUAUAAAAUCGUAUAAAUUUUCAUACAAUGUAAUCCAAUCAUGUAACCUAAUACAAUAAGAUCGUUUUGUAUAAAGUUUGAAAGCCAAAUACAAGUGUAAUAUUCCGUGA